AAUUACAGCAAUAUUUCACAGGGACCUAAUUUAUUGUAUUUGUCUUCUCAUGCAAGAAAACUGGAUAAGAUUACAGUAGGAAAUCAAAAACUAAAGCGAAGGAGAGGAGGAUGAAGCGGCGCAAUGCGGACUGCAGCAAACUCCGACGGCCGUUAAAACGGAACCGAAUCACCGAGGGCAUAUACGGCAGUACCUUCCUGUACCUGAAGUUCCUUGUGGUGUGGGCUCUGGUGCUGUUGGCAGACUUUGUGCUCGAGUUCAGAUUUGAGUACCUGUGGCCUUUCUGGCUCUUCAUCAGAAGUGUGUACGACUCCUUCAGAUACCAGGGGCUGGCAUUCUCAGUGUUCUUUGUGUGUGUGGCGUUUACCUCUGACACCAUAUGCCUGCUCUUCAUCCCAGUACAAUGGCUGUUCUUCGCUGCCAGUACCUAUGUGUGGGUGCAGUACGUGUGGCACACAGAGAGGGGGGUCUGUCUCCCCACAGUGUCCCUUUGGAUACUCUUUGUGUACAUAGAGGCAGCCAUCAGAUUCAAAGACCUGAAGAACUUCCAUGUCGACUUGUGUCGCCCAUUCGCUUCACAUUGCAUUGGCUACCCAGUGGUGACGCUGGGCUUUGGAUUCAACAGCUACGUCAGCUAUAAGAUGCGCUUAAGAAGGCAGGAGGUAGUGAAGAAGGAGAACGAGUUCUACAUGCAGCUCCUGCUGCAGGCCCUGCCACCAGAGCAACAUAUGCUCCAGAGACAGGAAAGGGAGGCAGAGGAAGCUGCAUUAGCUAAAGGGAUAUCUGAGAUGGACUCCAUCCCAGUCUCACAGAAUGGCGCCCCCGCCAGUAAAAAAAUGGCAGCUAUACUGCCGGAGCUGGAGUACAGAGAUAAAGGGAAAGAGGGCCGCGAGCCCAAAAAGCAACACAACAGCAUCCAGCCGUCAUCGGUAGACUCUAAACUCCAGGAGAUGGAGUACAUGGAGAACCAUAUGAACAAUAAGAUACUCACCACAGAGCUGGUGGGCAGCACAGAGAACCUGCUGCUGAAGGAUGAGAACUCCUCAUCCUCGAAAAACUACAAGAACUCCAGCAGAAACGCGGCAGUCAACUCCUUGCCCUGCAGACACUGCGCCACCAACGGCAGCGUCCCAUCAGCCCCUUCCUCCUUUUCCUGGGGGAAGAAGCAGAAGUGUGCAGCAGGGAAGGGUCCAGCAGUCGGCUCUCACAGGGAUCCAACAGACAACUGCAUCCCUAACAAUCAGCUAAGCAAGCCUGAGGCGCUUGUACGGCUGGAGCAGGAUGUGAAGAAGCUGAAGGCAGACCUUCAGGCCAGCAGACAGGUGGAGCAGGACCUGCUCAGUCAGAUCGUCUCCCUUGGCAGCGCUGAGCGCUCCAUCCGCUCUGAACUGGGCCAGCUGCGCCAGGAGAACGAGCUGCUGCAGAACAAACUCCAUAACAUCAUCCAGGCCAAGCAGAAGGACAAGCAGAAGGACAAGCAGACCAUGGGCCAGCUGGAAAAGAGGCUGAAAGUUGAGCAGGAGGCCCACGCCAACGCAGAGAAACAACUUGCAGAUGAGAAGAAACGCAAGAAGCUGGAGGAUGCCACUGCAGCCAGAGCCGUCGCACUAGCAGCCGCAUCCAGGGGGGAGUGCACAGAUACAAUGAGGAGGCGGGUCACGGAGCUGGAGACGGAGUGUAAGAAACUAACCAUGGACAUCAAGCUCAAAGAAGACCAGCUCGGAGAGCUGGAGAUGACCGUGCAGGAGCUCCAGAAGUGCAAGGAGAAUGAAAAGGACACAGAAGUGCUGAUGUCAGCGCUGUCGGCCAUGCAGGAAAAGACCCAGCACCUGGAGAACAGCCUGUCUGCAGAGACCCGCAUCAAACUGGACCUGUUCUCAGCACUGGGUGAUGCCAAGAGACAACUGGAGAUUGCACAAGGUCAGAUACCGCAGAAGGACCAGGAGAUCAAGGACCUGAAGCAGAAAAUAGCUGAGGUGAUGGCUGUCAUGCCCAGCAUCUCCUACACAGCUGACAGCAGCAACAUGACUCCCAUGGCCCCCCACUACUCCUCCAAGUUCAUGGACACAAGUCCCUCCGGCCUGGACCCAAAUGCCUCCAUCUACCAGCCACUCAAAAAGUGAACGCUUCCUACAAACCGUCACUCUUUGUUUCAUUUUUUUAAGCCGACCUCCAGAACUCCGACUUGUUUUUCCUUGUCAGAUCCGAAGGAUGUUGUAUUGUGACUAUUUAUUAUAGUAUUUUUUUAGAAGACUAAGGGAAAUCACAUGUAAACCAUUUUUUUCUUUUGGUAAAUGUCUAGUGAAACCUUACAGAAUUGGGCUUAUGUAGGAUGUUUCAGUUCCCCCUUCUACUCCAUCUGUUACUUGGUCUUGGUUAAGUCUGGUGUUGGUUUUUUAAAUUUAAAAUCUGUGAUGUGGAUCUCUGCAAGCAGGAGUGCUCACCCUUAUUUCCAUGUUGGACGUUCUUAUUGCGGAGAGUGGAUACCCAUUUAUUUUUAUGGUAGGACGUUACAAUCUGUACGCUUGUAUGGACUCGAGCCCUGUUUUGUCAAUGGUAUUUUUCAGUCGUGAAUAUCAGACCAAAUUGAACGUUCCAUUGGCUGUUCUUGGGGUUUUGUGGUAUUGGUUCUAUUAUGUUUGAAAGUGGAUUGUGUGGUCUCCUAUUUACUUGUUGAUCUUACCACAAAGUUGAAUAAAAAAAAUCAUUGGGAUGAGAACAGAGCUGUACCAAGAUGUUAUGUUAGAAUAACAAGGGAUAAACUGUCACCGUAAACUAUCCUCAACAACUCCAAAUGUUGAGUAUCAUCUACAAAAUUACAUUUAUUUCCCAAAAAGCACCCUAAUUUCUACAAUACUUUCCAAAAGUGUUAAGCAAAGGCUGUAUUAAGAGAAUGACAUGCCUUCUCUUUAAGCUCAGAAUAUUCUUUCGCAAAUUGUCAUGAUCACAGUGCCUUGAGACAGGACCUCAGUGGUGGGAGUUAGUAGCCUGCUAUGCUAGAAAGGACUGAAGUACAGGGCUUUCCAACCACAUACAAUUAUAACCUGGACCCUAAUCAUAGGUUCAGAAAAGAUAGCCCAUCUACUUUCAACAGUUCUGACAAUAUGGCCACUUGUCUAGCAUGGUCUAAUAUGGUAACGUUACUACGAAGUCUACUCCAAACAGGCUCCCAGCAUGAGAGUCUACUGCAUCCAACUAUAACACAUCUCUCUACUGGAAACUCCUGUUCCUUUAACUAUUGUCCCUAAUUAUGUUUUUAUUGUUUUGACUUAAUUGCACGGUUAAAAUUCCACCGUUGAUGGAUUUUGUGUGUCUCUCUGACCUGUGUGUGUAAGUUAUACAAGAAAUACGGCUCUGGAAAUGAACGUGACUUUUCCACAGAAUUCUGCAUGAUAAAUCUCCCUUUAUUGCUGAAUACUCAACUUCAGCCCAUUUGCCAAGAAAGGAUUGAUUGUUUUCUAGGAAUAUACUGCAAAGACAUUGGUUGACGUGUUUGACAUUCAUUCUCCUCUGACUUGUCUAAAGUAUGUCAAGCAGGUGGGAAAACUGCUCACCUGUUUGUAGUAGACUGUUUACGUAGUUGAAAGCUUUGUAAAUGUUACAGUAUUGGCUACUGCCUGGGACAUAGGUGUUAAGAACAGUCAACAAUUUCUUUGGUAUUGUUUUUUUUACAUAUUAUUUAACCGUCAUUUUCAUUCCCUGCAGGGAGGAAUAGCUUGAGCCUGAUGUGGUUUGCUGUCAUCUGAAAUGGUCAUUUGUGUGGUUAUAACCUACUGUAUAUGGAAACUUUUUCUACAGAUUAGUUUAGUCAAUUGGUCCUUCAACUGAUGUUGAAAGUAUAAAAACAUGUAUUUAAGUAUG